CAUCAAAUAAAUAAAAACCAAUUUUAAAACGCAAUAAAUUAAAUUAAAUAAACUAAUAUAUUACUUAAAAUAAAAACAACCCUUCGGUGAAAAUACACGUAAAAGCGGGUCAUCACACAAAAAUGAUUAAGAGGGGAGAAGAUGAGACUGUUAGGUAUGUCACCCUUACUUGUGCUCAUGGUGGGAAGGCUUGUAAUAAGACUUUCAAUGUCGCCAACCCAUAUCCGACAGGAAAGACGGAAUAUAAGGCAAAGAUUAAUGCCUUCAAAUUUGAUGGAAAACUUCGAUUGACUAUGGUUCAUAAUAUCUAUAACCACGACCUCAGUCCAAAGAAAUCUCGCUUCUUUCGAUGUAGAGAAGUGAGUGAUACCGUCAAAAGAGUUAUAGACACAAAUGAUAUGGUUGGUGUCUGAAUGAACAAGUGUUUUGGAUCUCUGAUUGUUGGCGCAGGCAGAUUUGAGAACCUCCCGUUUUUAGAAAAGAAUUGUAGUAAUUAUAUCAACAAGGCAAGAUAUCUACGACUUGGCGCAGGUGGUGCUGGUGCACUGCGAGAGUAUUUUUGUAGGAUGCAAUACAAAAAUCUUAGAUUAUUUGCAUUAAUGCAUUUAGAUGAUGACGGGAGGUUAAAGAAUGUCUUCUAGGAAGACCCCCAUAGUAGAGCAGCCUACCAAUAUUUCAGUGAUGUGGUCACAUUCGACACCACAUACCUGACGAAUAGAUAUGGGAUGCUGUUUGCACCAUUUGUUCGUGUAAACCACCAUGGACAGUCAAUUCUCAUGGGAGCAAGCUUGAUUUCCAGUGAAGAUAUGGAGAACUUUGUGUGCUUAUUCCAAACUUUGUUGUAGUGUAUGGAUAGUAUUGCUCCUAAAGUUAUUAUCAAUGACCAAGAUAGAGCGAUGAAAAAUGCAAUUGCUAUUAUUUUCCCAAAGACCCGACAUAGAUUUUGCCUAUGGCAUAUACUGAAGAAAGUCCCUGAAAAGUUUGGUUCAUAUGGUUCCUACAAAAUUAGGAUGAAAAAUGCAUUGAUGAAAUGUGUGUAUGACAGCCAAAGUAUUGAAGAGUUUGAGACAAGUUGGGAUCAGUUAAUUACCAUGUACAGUUUGCAUGAGAAUGCGUGGUUGCAAAAGUCUAUACGCUGAGCAUGAGCAUUGGGUUCCAGCAAUCUUGAAAGACUACUUUUGGGCGGAAAUGAGUACAACGCAGCGAAACGAGAGCAUAAAUACCUUCUUUGAUAGGUAUGUUAAUGCUAAGACCAGCCUGAAAGAGUUUGUAGACCAGUUUGAUAACGCAUUGAAAAAAAAAAUUAGAAUGAAAAUGCCCCGGACUUCCACUCAUUUAGUGUCACAACCCCCUGCAUAUCUAAAUCUCUAAUUGAGAAGAGGUUUCAAGAUUUGUACACAAAUUCUAAAUUCAAGGAAGUACAGUAGCAAGUUACCGGCAUGAUCAAUAUGAAUCCAAAGUGUCAUAAGAGUGAUGGUGCAGUGAAGACCUAUCUGGUAAUGGAUGAAGUUCAUUUGGUAGAGUUCAGUAAGCUGUUUACAUAUUUUGUGGAGUUUAGUGAGGAAGAUUCAACUGCAAAAUGUUCUUGUGGAUUAUUCCAAAUGAGAGGGAUAUUGUGUAGGCACAUUUUGGCUGUAUUCAGAUGUAACGAGAUUAAAUUUUUUCCAAAUAGGUACAUUUUAGAUCGAUGAAGGAAGGAUAUCAGAAGGUGAUACACGUUGAUCCACAUUAGCUAUGAUGCAAGGGAACAACGAGCAAAUUCUAAUAGAUAUUUAGAGAUGUUGAAUAUCUGUUAUCAGAUGAUUACUCUUGCAGCGAGUUCGAAAGAGCAUACUCAGGAUGCGAAAGCUAAGUUAUAUGGUAUGAUUGAUUUGUAUUGUGCCAACCAAGAACCCUCAUCGAUGACCCAAAAUGGUUCCAAUGUUGGUUGUACAGCAAGGGAUGCAACUAUUGUCGCUGGUUCUGGGCAAAUACGCAGUCCACAUGUUGUGCGUGGGAAAGGCAGAUCCCCAUCUCUUAGGAGAGCAUCCAAGAUGGAGAAAGAUAUGCGAAAAGUCAAAGCGAAAGCGAAAAAAGCACCAGAAAAAGGGAAACGCAAAUAGGCCGUUCCAGAAAGCACAGCUUUUGACAUUAGUGGAAUACAGGUCUGAGAAACAGUGCUUAAGAGUCAAGAAAGUAUGCACUUUGGGUUGGAUAGAUCACAACCGUUGCACUAUGGAAUGGAUCAUAACUGCUGCAAUGAUUUUUGUCUACUUUUCAUGUAUUUUUGUGGACUUUAAUGUAUUUUUGUGGAAUUUAAUGGAUUUAUGUUGCUUGAAUGUAAUCCAUGAAUUUUUUGUGGAUUUAAGGAAUUUAUUUGUGGAUUUAACGGAUUUUUUGUGGAUAUAAGGAAGUCAUUUGUAGAUUUAAUGUAUUUUUUGUGGAUGACAGGAAUGGAUUUUUGUGGAUGUAA